AUGAUUCCUAGAAUUGGGCUAAGCAUCUGGGCAAUUGUUGUUGGUCAUCUUGAAUUCCUUCUCCCGACAAAAGCUAUCAUUCUCGGGCCCUUCCUUGCGGUCUUGGGCGGCGAAUGUGUGUUCCAAUCUACAGUUUUCACCUUGACUUCGGCGCUGGCGCAAGAAUAUGUCGAGAGAGCGUCAUACUUCUCCUACAUCAGCUCAACUUCUUAUGUGGUAUCUUUCUUGGGACCUACUAUCGCUUCCUUCACGAUGAGCAAGACCUUAUGGCUUCCAUUCUGGAUUAACAUCGCACUGUUGGCAUGUGCCUUUCCUGUCAUCAGUAUGCUACCCGAGCCGGCAGACUCAAAAGUCAGAACUCUAGCAUCAAUUGAGUCUACAGACAUAUCAGCAGGAGUCGGUCCAUUGCUUGACGAGCAAGGUGGUAGUCCCAGUCGCUUCUCCAAUGCUUUCGAAACACACCUGGGCCUCUUCCAAAGCAUUCUUCAUGCACUACAAAAGAUUCGGGCGCUGUUGACUGGUCGGCGAAACUUCCAAGUCCUUCUAGUAUCAUUCUUUCUCACAGCUCUCGCAAGCUCCGACACAAAACUACUUGUCCAAUACAUCUCAAAGCGCUACGAAUGGACAUUUGCGCAAGCAGGCUACAUGCUAUCAGCUAAAGCCAUCGUCAACUUCACAUUACUAGCCAUCGUUGUUCCGCGCAUUAUCAAGUCAUCCAUGUCCACGAAAGCGGUCCACGGCUCUGAAGUCCGCUUGAACUACCUCGGUGCGGAAAUUAGCAUUUUGGUGUCUGUGUUAGGUGUGCUGUGUGUUGCACUAGCACUCAAGUUUUGGAUGCUGCUAGCUGCUCUAAUGAUAUACGCGCUCGGAUCGGCACUGCCAGUGUUCACUAUGUCGCUCGUGAAAUCGCCACUUAUAGCGCUUGCAAACUCCGACAUACAAGACUUCAGUAUAGUCAUGUUAACGAAGACCUUGGGCUCGCUAGUUGGCGCUCCGCUCAUGACUGUGCUGUGGGUCCAUGCUAUCAAGCUUGGUGGUGUUGGCUUGGGAUUGCCCUAUUUCAUUUCUGCAUGCAUAUACCUGAUGGCUGCAUUUGUUGUGGCUCGACUGAGGCUCUAG